AUGCUGAAGCUCAGUUUGAUUGCCUGGUUGCUCUGUUCCCUCACAUGGCGCACCACGCCCACCAGUUGCCGUCAGACGCGGCCAGCACCGAGCAUCCAGGAGCUGUUGGCUAACCAAGUGCAGAGCUAUAUGGACACAACGGCGCGUCCGUGCGAGAAUUUCUAUCAGUACGCCUGCGGCAAUUGGCAACUGCAGCAGCAGGAGGAGCAAACGCAUCGCAGCCCACAACAUGGACAACAACACGGACAAAGGGAGCAACAGGCGCAACUGCAGCCCAGUGAUACCCUUGGUGUGCUGGAUUAUGUGCUCAAUCGUCAGUUGGAACAUCUGCUCAGACGUGGCAAUAGCAGCAGCACGGAGGAAUUCCAGCCGGAAUUGCAUGAGAAGAUGAGGAGUUACUAUCGGUCGUGUAAGCGAUUAAAGCCCUACAAUCUGAAAAAGUAUCUGCAACUGUUGCAGCCGGGUAAUGGGACACACUGGCCACUGCUCAGUCGCAGCUGGCAGCCGGAGAAGUUCCAUUGGUUGGCCACAAUUGGACGACUGCGUUUAUUUGGUCUCAACGGAGUGCUGCUCAAGGAGCAGGUGCUGCCACGUUGGGAUGACUCCAGCAGCUAUAGCGUUUACCUGGACAAGCCCAGCUUGAUGGAGACCACGCCCAUGGGCGAGGGUGCCAUAAUAGAGCUGCUCCUGGACAUUGGUCAGACGAAGCGUGUGGCCAAUGAGCUGGCCCGACAGGUUGAUGCCUUUGAGCGGAAGCUGCAUCGACUGCAGGAGCUGGAGGAUGAUGAGGGCGCCAAGGAAAUGCAGCUGGGUUACUUGGCCGAGUACUUGCCACAACUGCAAUGGUUGCCCUACAUGCAACAGUUGCGUGACACGAACUUGGAUCUCCUCUCCACACUGAUCAUUCAAAAUGUGCCCUACCUGCGGGCCUUGGAUGAGCUGCUGCAGCGCCAGAAACCCGAAACCCUUUGCAACUACAUCAUGCUCCGAUUGCUGGCCUUCCUCAAGCAACAAGGUCCCGCGGAGAUUUCGCGGGUCGAGUGCAUUGCCAGCCUGAGACGGGCCAUGCCCUUGGCUGCCAGUUGGGUAAUUGGCCAACGAUUCCAUGAGUCCAGCUUCGAGCCAAUCAUCAGUGAUAUGUUCAGUCGGCUGAAAUUGCGCUUUGAUCAGCUGCUCACCGAGAAUCGUCUGCAAUUGGAACCGCCAAUUGUACAAGUGCUGCGAGAGAAGCUGCAAAAGAUGCGUUUGCAACUGGGAUUCGUUCAGCUAAAUGACACCAAUUUUGUGGAGGAUUACUAUGAACGUGUGGAGAUCAAUGCCCACAAUUUCUAUGGCAAUCAGUUGGCGCUGCUUCGAUUGCGAGUGCAGCAGAAUCAUCAGCUGCUGCUGGGCAGCUCCCAGUCGGAUGCCAACAAUGUCAGCUAUUUGAUGGACCAUUGGCUGAGCAGCAGCUCAUCCCCCUUCUAUGUGAAGCCCAGAAAUCUGGUAUUGCUUCCAUAUGGAAUGCUGCAGUUGCCCGUUUGGCAUCGUAACAUGAGCGAUCUUCAACAGCAUGCGAUGCUUGGAUUUGCACUGGCCCACGAACUGAUCCAUGGCUUCGAUAGCUCCGGCAUUGAUUACGACAGCGUGGGCAAUAUCAUGGGACCAAGUGAGGAGAUUUCUGGAAAUCCUCGAUUCGCACAGAGUCUUAACUGCAUGCAACAACAACUUGCAACCGGCUCGAGAUCCCUCAACGAGAAGUUGGCCGACUACGAGGCACUGCGUCUGGUUUACGAAACCUACUUUGGUGAGGAUAUGCUCAUGGAUCGCAAGGAACCGCGUGAUCCCCUCUUGCCACAGUUCAGUCAACGGCAACGCUUUUUCAUCAGCUUUGCUCAGUUUUUCUGUGGCAAGUUGCAGAGUCUCAGUCUGCAUGCUCAACAUCUGGAACAUGCUGUCGACGAGUUGCGGGUGCUACAAACUUUGGCCAACUACGAAGAAUUCUCCCGGGAAUUCGGCUGUGAACGACGCACAAAAAUGCAGGCCAAACAAAAGUGCAGAGUCUACUAAUGAAAAAUCUGAUGGCUCUGAGUAAAGUUAAGGCUAGAUCCAAGUAUAAGUUUAAGGUAAUAGUUCCACUACAAAAAAAAAAAAAACUAAGACUGUGUAUAAGAUUAUGCUUAGAUUAUCAGCAAUGGAAAUUUGAAUUCAAAGUUCAAUAACAAAUUAACAGAACAGUGCACAAAAGUUAAAGUUGACAGAUAACAAAAUCUAUUUAAUCUAAGUAUGAUUUCAGUCCGAAAUUUAAAACAUUUUCAGUACCUUAAAUACAUAUAUGAUAUCAAAAAUAAAGUAAAAAUGCAAUUAAA